UUUUGAUGAGCAAGAUUCUUUUUGUGAUUCAAGUGGUAUAGAAAUAGAAGAAAAGACUAUGAAUUGCUCUGAAACUGACACAGUUCAAAACACAGCUAUAUAUGUGGAAACAGGCAGCACUUUAUCAUCACAUUUGAUUGCAAAUACACGACAAAAUAGUGACCGAAAUAUUACCAGUGGUUUGGUAAGGAAAAUUCUGAGUGGAACUGAUGCUCAAGCACACAAUAGUCAAGGCUUAAUACCUCCACACAUCAGUCAAAUUUAUGAUGAAUUAUUUGUCAUACAUCAGAAACUCCAGAGAGAAAGUUCAGCACAGCAGGAGUAUGCUCUGCAACUCCAGAAACGAGAACAUUUUCUAAUGGAGCGAGAAGCAUUGCUUUUUAGACAUGAAGCAGCUUUGGCUAAAAUAAGAGGUGUUGAGGAAGAAGUUCACACAAAAUUUGGAAUUAUAAAAGAGCAACACGAGGCAGAAGUUAAACAGCUGACAGAAGCCUUGAGAGAAAUAACUAAAGAAAAUAGGAGGCUGAAGUCAUCAUUUGACACCUUGAAGGAAAUGAAUGACUCUUUAAGAAAACAGUUAAGUGAUGUAACGGAGCUGAACAAGAAGUUAGAAGGUCAAGCAAGGAAAGUACAAGCCCGUUUAGAGAAUCUACAAAGGAAGCAUGAAUUUUUAAUGGUGCAGAAGUCUAAGGAUAUACAUCAAGUGGUGCAACAAAGUAAACCUGUCAAGCAAGAAAAAGUGAUGGUAACAUCAAAAACUGCUAAGCUACCAUUGAACUCACAAGUUUAUGAGCUCUUAACUUUUCUUAUGGAUUGGAUCUCAGACCAGCUCCUUAGCAGAUUAAAAAUACAAGAAGACAGAGAAGAUAGUCAUAAACUUCCGGUUACCGAGACCUCCAAAAAAACCUGCACCCAGGAAAGGUGUAUGAAGCUUUUGCCUAUUACUACUGAGCAACUCCAGUGGAUGCCAUUUGUGAAUCCUAAACUACACAUGCCUGUGAUUAAAUUUAUUUACUGGUCUAUAAGACAGCUAGACAGUAGUAUUCAGCAUGUAACAAUGACAUCAACAAUGAGGAGACUUGGUGAAGAUAUUUUCAAAGGCAUAGUAAGUAAGGGAAACCCCCAUAGUUCUUCUGAACAAUCUACAGAGAGUAAAUCAAAAUCGGCAGCUUUCUUUAAGAGUUCCUGUAUGCCUUUGAGGUUUCUGUCAACUUUAAUAGUGCUUAAAACAGUGACACAAGUGGAUUACCUGGCUCAAGCAUUUGAUUCCCUUCGCAUAGACUUGAAGACAGAUGAAGGGAAGGCCUUAUUUUUGGAAUACCAAUGUGUGCCUGUCAUAUUAAGUCACUUAAAAGUAUCCAGUAGAGGUCUGCUUUCCAGUGCUCUUGAUGGAUUACUUCAGAUGACCAUGGAAUCUGGUUCCUUGCAGCCUUUCCUGGAAGCCUGCAGUAACGAAUCCUUCUUCCGGACUUGCUCCGUAUUGCUUCGAAGUUCUAAGCUAGAUGUUCAGAUUUUGGAAAAGCUCUGUGUUAUACUGCAAAAACUCUCCAGAAUAAAAAGCAAUAAGAAGAUGUUUGAAUUGUUUACUCUUCACCAAACGAUCCAAGAACUGCAUAGGACUACAAAUCCAGAUCAUGCUUUCCUCUGUAUAAACCUCAAUUCAAUUCUGUUGAAUUUGGGAUUGUCAAGGAGUAACUCUCUUAUCUCCAGUCUAAACACAAGUCACUAG